AUGAACUGGCUUGUCGUGGGCUCUGUGCCCCUUAUCAUUGUUGGCUUCUGGCUCUACACGAGUACCUUGAGCUUAUCCUUCCCCGCACUGCAGAACAAGCGCAUCCUGUUGCUCAUCGCUCAUCCUGAUGAUGAAGCAAUGUUCUUUGCACCUACUUUGCUGUCUUUGACGCGUCCAGAACUCGGCAAUCACGUGAAGAUCUUAUGUUUGAGCAGUGGCGACGCAGAUGGUCUGGGUGAGACGCGUAAGAAAGAGCUGGUUAAGAGCGGUCUGCAGCUCGGUAUUGGCAACAAAGACGACAUUCACGUCAUCGAAGACAAGAAUUUUCCUGACUCCAUGACCGUGACAUGGCACCCUCGUCUGAUCUCUAACCUUCUGACGGCAACGUUUGCCCCAAAGAUGUCCUCGAUUUCAGCCAAGGAAGCCCCACAAGCCAACAUCGAUGCUAUCAUCACUUUUGACGCCCAUGGGGUCUCUGGUCACCCGAACCAUAAGUCGCUCUACGAUGGCGCACAUACUUUCCUGAAGGCGCUUAUGCAUAGACAUAGUGGCUGGGAAUGUCCCAUCAAGCUCUACGCGUUGACCACGACCUCGAUCUUCCGGAAAUACGCAAGCUUGCUGGACGCUCCUGCUACUUUGAUAACUGCCAUCGCCAGGAAGAAGGAGCUUGGCAACUUCCCAACGCCACUACUGUUCGUUAGCUCUCCAUUUGCGUACAGGACCGCCCAGAAGGCUAUGACAACGGCACACGAGAGUCAGAUGCGCUGGUUCCGUUGGGGCUGGAUUACCUUCGCACGCUACAUGAUCAUCAACGACUUGAAGAAAGAGAAGACCUUGUGA